AUGGCCGCCUCCCAGGUCGACUCCCAGCAAAACGGGGCCGCGCACCAGCACCUCCGCCAGCGCCGCACCUCAACCACCGCGACCGCAACCGAAGCCAUCGUCCAUGCCGUCAAGACCCUCGAGAAGAAAGCAGAGUCAACGCUCCUCCUCCUCUGGGACGACCUGCCCGCCUGGCGUCGCGACAACGCCUUCAUCCUCUCCGGCUACCGCAGCGCCACCCGCGGCUCCUACGCCCACGCCCUGCGCUCCCUCUUCUACCUGCACAACGAAUCUGUCAACAUCUGGUCCCACCUUGUCGGCGCCCUCGUCGCUGCAUCUGCCGCCGCCUACCUCUACUGCGCCCUCCGCCCGCGCUAUGCGUCCGCCUCGCCCGCCGACCUCGCCGUCUUCUCGUGCUUUUUUGGCGGCGCCGUCUUGUGCCUCGGCAUGAGCGCCACCUUUCAUGCCCUCAUGGAUCAUAGCGAGGAGGUGGCCCGCUGGGGGAACAAGCUCGACUACACGGGCAUUGUCGCCCUCAUCAUGGGCAGCUACGUGCCGGCAUUGUAUUAUGGGUUCUUCUGCCAGCCUGCCCUGCUUACCGUCUACCUGUCUGUGAUAUCCCUCCUCGGCGCCGGAUGCGCCGUCGUCUCCUGGAUAGAGACGUUCCGCACGCCUGCCUGGCGCCCCUACCGAGCCGCCAUGUUCAUCGGCCUCGGCCUGUCGGGCGUCAUCCCCGUUGUCCACGCCAUCACUGUUCACGGCUACCAGGUCGUCGAGGACAGGAUGAGCAUCUCCUGGGUCAUUGCCCACGGCGCCAUGUACAUCUUUGGUGCCGUCCUCUAUGCAGUUCGCUGGCCAGAGAGGAGCUUCCCCGGGGCCUUUGACAUCUGGGGCAGCUCCCACCAAAUCUUUCACUUCUGUGUCCUGCUUGCCGCGGCGACGCACUUUUGCGGCAUGAUCAAGGCUUUUGACCACCAUCACACCGUCAUGGGAUCGCAGUGUCCGAUUGAGUGA